CGUGUAGCUGUGCGAGGCAAAGCCAGGGUUUCGAAUCGGACGCAACUCAGGGAAUGGAAUGGAAAGGAAAGGCAAAGCGGUUUAGCUUGGGCUGGCUUGUAGCUAAAGCAGCAGCGGCAGAAGCGGGAGAGUCGGCGGAGUCGAUGAGGGCCUCGUUGGCACACGGUGAACGCGCGCGCGUCAUGAAAGUCCGCCAGACAGAAAGAGCCAGUAGUCCACUAGUACCUAAGAGCAAGUUCGGAAUUGUUUCAAUGCAUCACAGUGCCGAUGUGCCACGAAACAAAAGCGUGUUUUUCUCCUAGUUAAACAACCGCAGUUCUCAUCAGGCUAUUCAGGCAACGGUAGUUAACAAGUUUUCUGUAUUCUCCUCCGUUCAAAUUCCCUCCUGAUACGAGGGAAUGUAACAGCGACACGCUCCCCAAACGCACUAUGACACGGGUGGAGUAACGUGCCGAACUACCCCCGUGCGAUAAUGAACAAGUUGUCGAAGCGAACAACUAGGAAAGAAUGGGAUUCAGUGAGAAAAAAAAAAGUUUACGAGUGAAAGGUCUCGGUGAAAUGUAUGUGGCUUGAAAGCCCAAAUAAUAAUUCCUAUACUACGUGAAUUUCGUUACGAAACAUAUCCAAGGUCUCCCAGCAGGCACACGCUGAUUUUGAGUUCGGAUGAGCGACUGAUUGCCGUUUAUGCUUCGGUGCACGAUUGAAAAAGUAAAAAAAAAAAACUUAAGAAUAAACUUUCGAUUGACCUAUCGAACUAUCGAUCUUGCGGAAAGUGGAAAGCAUUCCUCGCGCGGAUCAUCUUCGGACGUAUCCUCUUCAAGGCCUGCGGAGGCGAUCACGAGAAGAAUCUCUUUCGAACUCGUCCGUGUUGGUCGUCUCAUAUACACCGGACAGUUGGACAGCCGUUCGCCACUGGAUAUGGCUGCUGUGUCUUGUCGAACGGGUCGAUCGGGUGCACAGGUGUCCAUCGCCAGUCGUAACGUUAUCAAAAGCAGUGAACAACCAAAGAAGACGAAGCAGCAUCAACGGAGCUGGACCUCUGUUGAUCUAUCGUGAUACGCUUGGAUAUCAAUCGAUCGCCAAAGGGACGCGGAAAGAAACACGUAAACAAUUACCAGGUGGAUUGACAAACGAGCGUUGUUUCAUUUUCUUUCCACAUCAUUCGGUUUGUCUUCGUUUACCUCCCUUUUUCUCGGCCUUAUUCGGCCUUUAUUCACAUCGUUUGCUCAUUAUCCGUUCGAUUCGCACUUCGCAUCCCUCCCUCCUCGAUUAUCUUUCAAUUGUCCGUUCUGUUUGAACCCCGAUGAGCAUCCGGUGUACGAAAGAGUCCAUCGUUUAUCGACUCCCAUCCAUUCCGUUCGUUUCCCAAUCUCGCAUCGAAUCUCUCUACUCUCAUUAUCUUCUCGUUUUUAAUACACACCGAACGAAACAUCAGUAAAAGCAGAAAAGCCCGAACGGCGUGACAAAAAAGUGUGCUGCUUUGAAUUGUCUUUGGCUCGUCAUAUUUUCCACCUACGCGCCGAUCCUCCGCUCUAACGGUUUAUUACGGUUUUCUUAUUCCUCUGCGGCGACGCAUCCUCGAUUGUCGGCGCCUCGUUUUUUACUCGUGAGACUGUUUUUUUUUUUUUUUUUUUUUUUUUUUUACAUUAUAAAGGAGAAGAAAAAAUCUUGAACCGUUGCCGAGAGGCGAGUAAUGUGACCUUUGCACACUUAAACUGAUGCGUCUGCGUCGUCUCGUUGGAGAGCCCACCGAGCGUGCCGCUUCUCGCACGCGCUUUCCCGAGUCUCUUUCUCACGCACUCUCCUCUUUAUUCCUCCUUCCUUUUCUCAUUUGUUCUUACUCGGUCCAGGCGCGCAUGGACCGUCUCUCCGGUCUUUCCUCCAGGCUACGCUCUUCCUUCUCUUUCACCGUCGUCGUCGUCGUCGUCGUCGUCGUGCUCGUCGUCAACGAGGGUUCACGGAGUAGCUGACGCCUCGCGUUUUCUUCUCGACUCGACGCGACUCCGACCCAUCCAUCCCGAAAACAACGACCUACGCCCCGGUUGUACUCCGACACCCUCGAGCGUGGGCGUUAAAAUCUGACCACGACUUUACCAAGUGCGCGUGUUACUUUGUGUCGGUGGGUGGUGUGUGUGCGCGCGUGUUGCCCGCGAGUGCGAGGGACCAUCGAAGCUCUGUGUCAAAGGGUUGAAAGAUGAGCUCAUCGGGGUGGAAUAAACGAAGCAUCACUCACACGGCACAACGUCAGCCAAUUUUACGGCUUACCGGCUCGCUCGCAAUAAUUCUUGUAAUUCUUACCAAGGUCACGUAUUCGGCUGACCUGGCAAUUGAGAUCCCAGGGAAUUUGAACCAAGGAGGUUCCCGUUACCGCCUGGUCUACAGUCCUGGCGUGGGUUUUCCACGUCCCAACACAACGAUUGCGGCGACUGAUAUCGACGAAGAUGUUAUAAACUUUCGCGACGGACUAGCCGGGACGAAGUACGAGUUCUGGCUCUACUAUAGCAACGACACGCUUCAGGACUGGCUAACAUGGACCGCCUCGAUCACGACAGCUCCGGAUCCACCCUCCAAUCUUACCGUAACCGUACGCAACGGGAAAAGUGCAAUAGUUUCGUGGGCACCACCAGCUCAGGGAAACUACACGGGUUUCCGUUUGAGAGUUCAGAGUUUCAGCGAUGCCGGAAGUCCGAGAACGAGCGCUAUUCCGGUCGAUACUGUACCUUAUACUCUCCGAGAUCUCACCCCAGGAGCAACGUAUUCUCUACAACUUUUCACAGUUCUCGAUGCCAAAGAAAGCGUUGCUUAUACCAGCAGGAAUUUCACAACAAAACCGAAUACCCCGGGAAAAUUUAUCGUUUGGUUUCGUAACGAGACGACGCUCUUGGUGCUUUGGCAACCCCCUUAUCCAGCCGGCAUUUAUACUCAUUACAAAGUUAGCAUAGAUCCUCCGGAUGCUAUAGAAUCUGUGUUUUACGUUGAGAAGGAAGGGGAACCACCUGGACCAGCGCAAGCAGCUUUUAAGGGCCUCGUACCAGGUAGAGCUUACAACAUUUCGGUACAAACUGUUUCCGAAGAUGAAACUUCGGCACCAACGACAGCUCAAUACAGAACAGUUCCUCUUCGACCACUAAAUGUGACAUUCGACAAGGCAUCAGUGACAUCAAACUCAUUCGUAGUAUUUUGGAAUUCACCAAACGGAACAUCCGAAUUCGACAAAUAUCAGGUGUCCUUAGGUGGAAAUCGCAGAUUGGCUCCUGUUACCAGAAAUCGAGACGACGCGAGUCAAUGGGAGUUCAGGGAUCUCGAACCUGGAAAAACUUAUCAGGUCGUGGUAAAAACGGUUUCGGGAAAGGUCACAAGCUGGCCUGCGAGUGGCGACAUUACUCUGAAACCUUUGGCUGUGCGAGACCUUCGAGCGGAUGUUGACGAGAAAACAGGUAUGCUCGAAGUCUCUUGGAGGCCGGAAAAUGGCAGUACUCAGGAUAGCUACAAAUUGCAGUACCACGAAGUUGAAACGAGUAUCGGGGGUGAUAGCAAUUCUCUUACGACCAAUAAAACGCGGGUAAAGCUCGAAGCCCUUCUACCCGGUCGCAAUUAUUCGAUAAUCGUUCAAGCUUUAAGCAAUAAAAUUGAGUCAAAUGAAACAGUAUUGUUCCAAGUAACAAGACCUUCGAGCCCGAUAAUCGAGGAUCUUAAAUCGAUCGAGCGAGGUUUGAACAUUUCAUGGAAAAGUGACGUUAAUUCGCGGCAAGAAGAAUUCGAAGUGAUGUACAACAGAACCGACACCGGGGAGAACUCGACGUUGUUGACUACCGAAUCGCACAUCGUACUCGAGGAUCUUUACCCCGGUGCUGGCUAUGAGGUUAAAGUGUUUGCCAUUAGUCAUGGACUGAGAAGCGAACCACACGAUUAUUUCCAGGCAGUUCUUCCUCAUGCUCCUCAACAAUUGAGAAUCGAAAAAGUAACGAGCAACACGGUAUUGGUCCAUUGGACAGCUCCGCUCGAUUCAAUAUUUUCGGAAUAUUCGAUAAGAUAUCGCACCGAGGACGAUCCUCGGUGGGUCAAAUUACCCAGUGUCAAGGUCACCGAAGCCGAAGUCGCGGACAUGACUCCGGGCGAAAAAUAUACGAUUCAAGUCAACACAGUGAGCUACGGCGUUGAGAGUCCUUAUCCUCUUCAAGUAAACCACAUUGUCCGUCCGAAUCCCGUACUAAACGUAACGCCGAUCGUCGAUUCGACAAACGUAACUCUCGAGUAUCCUCGACCGGAAGGUCGGAUCGAGACUUACGUAAUAAAUUGGUGGCCUGUCGACAAUUACGAGGAUGUACGAACGAAAAAUGUGACCGAAAGCGGUGACCUUUCGGACAUGAUUUACGACGAGAGCUCCAUCCGCAUCGAGAGGAUUCUCGUUGGUGAUUUGAUGCCAGGUGUCGAAUAUGCUUUCACCAUUUACACCGUGUCGUACGAUCUUGUGAGCGACACGAUCAACCUCACUACGAGGACAAUGCCUCUCAUACAAUCGGAAGUGGUCGUCGUCGUGGAUCGUGAUCUCCCAGAUUCUCUGACCUUGAGAUACACUCCAACUCCCAUAUUGUCCUCGAAAUUUGAUCUCUAUCGGUUCCGAAUAAGCGACCAAUCAAACACGACGAAGGAACGUCUUGUUCAAGACAACGACACCAAAGUUACUUUUAACGGUCUCAAACCUGGAAGACUCUACAACGUCACUAUGUGGACCGUUAGUAAAAAUGUGGAAAGUCGACCACUCGUCAGACAGGACAGGCUCUACCCAGAGCCUAUAACUGCGAUUCAUGCAAUUGACGUUAACGACACGAGAAUAACUCUAACCUGGGACGUUCCAAGGGGCGAGUACGACGCUUUCGAGGUUCAAUAUAUCAACAGCGAGGGUGCAUACGUUCAAAAUAUAACUUCGUUGAACGCUAUCACCAUAUCGGAUCUGAAACCUCACAGGAAUUAUACGUUCACCCUGGUCGUAAGAUCAGGCUCGGAGUCGAAUUAUCUUAGACGAUCGAAUCCGCUCAGCGCCAGUUUUACCACGAGCGAAUCUUAUCCUGGCAGAGUCGAGAAAUUCCAUCCUACGGAUAUUCAACCCAGCGACAUCAGCUUCGAAUGGUCUUUACCGAGUCAGGAACAGAACGGUGUGAUUAGAAGAUUCAGCAUCACUUAUGGACUGGAGGGCUCAACGCAUACACAAGUGCGGAAUUUCACGCCCAACGAGUUCCGCGGGGUCAUUAAAUCUCUCAUACCGGGAAAAACUUACGUAUUCCGGAUUCAGGCAGAGACGAAAAUUGGUUUUGGUCCGGAGGCUUCGUGGAAGCAAAAAAUGCCAAUUCUCGCGCCCCCGAAACCACCGACUCAAGUUGUACCGACCGAGGUUUGCAGGAGUAGCACAACCAUUCAAAUACGAUUCCGAAAAAAUUAUUUCAGCGAACAGAAUGGCGCUGUAACCUCAUACACGAUCGUCGUCGCCGAAGACGACAGUAAGAACGCAUCGGGUCUCGAAAUGCCCAGCUGGCGAGACGUUCAAGCUUACAGCGUUUGGCCACCGUAUCAGGUGAUGGAGCCUUACUAUCCUUUCAAAAAUGGUUCAGUCGAGGAUUUCACUAUUGGCUCGGAGAAUUGUGACAACAAAAUAGGUUAUUGCAACGGACCAUUGAAAUCCGGGUCAACAUACCGUGUCAAAGUCCGCGCGUUUACAGCGCCCGAUAAAUUUACAGACACAAGUUACAGCUUUCCAAUUCAAACAGGAUUGCUGCUGGCAGAUAAAGACAAUACAGCAAUAAUCGUCGGUGUUACCGUGCCGUUAGUUUUGCUUCUGACCUUGCUGGGAAUUGGUUUGUUAAUAAGACGUAGAAGAAGUCAGGGAAGAAAAACAACGGAGACUCGAGCGACGGAUAAUUUGUCAUUGCCCGAUAGUGUAAUCGAAACGAGCCGACCAAUCAGAGUCGACACUUUUGCGGAGCACUAUCGAAUAAUGUCCGCUGAUUCGGAUUUCCGUUUUUCCGAGGAAUUUGAAGAAUUGAAACACGUUGGUAGAGAUCAAGCGUGUACGGCUGCCGAUUUACCGUGCAAUCGUCCGAAAAAUCGUUUCACAAAUAUACUGCCGUACGAUCAUAGUCGAUUCAAGUUGCAACCGGUAGACGACGAGGAGGGCUCGGAUUACAUAAAUGCAAAUUAUGUUCCGGGUCACAAUUCUCCGAGGGAAUUCAUCGUCACUCAAGGUCCUUUGCACUCGACUCGAGAUGAUUUUUGGCGAAUGGUAUGGGAAAGCAACAGCCGAGCCAUCGUUAUGCUCACGAGAUGUUUCGAAAAAGGUCGCGACAAAUGCGAUCAUUAUUGGCCCGAAUCAACUUUACCUGUUUAUUACGGUGACAUAAGCGUCACGAUACUUAACGAAGCCAGAUAUCCGGAUUGGAGCAUCACAGAAUUCAUGCUCUGUAGGGGCGACACGAAACGAGUCAUUCAACAUUUUCAUUUCACAACGUGGCCGGACUUUGGGGUACCGAGUCCUCCACAGACGCUGGCCCGAUUUGUGAGAGCAUUUAGGGAACGAGUCAGACCUGAUCAAAGGCCGAUCGUCGUACAUUGCAGUGCCGGAGUUGGACGCAGUGGGACGUUUAUCACUCUGGAUAGAAUACUCCAACAGAUACUUGUCUCGGACUACGUUGACAUAUUUGGUAUCGUAUGGGCAAUGAGAAAAGAACGAGUUUGGAUGGUCCAAACCGAGCAGCAGUACAUUUGCAUUCAUCAGUGUUUACUGGCGGUUCUCGAAGGUCAAGACACGACAGGACCGCCGCGAGAGAUUCAUGACAAUCAAGGUUUCGAAGGCAAAAAUCGAAGCUCGGUCGAAAGCGCUAAAAGCCCAGCUGACGAUGAGAAGGAGAGGUGACCUUCGAACUCUGAUGGCUCCGACGACGAUGACGAAGGAAUAGCUGAGUCCGGAAUGUGAAUUCAUUCGAUAAGUUGGGGGUGUAACAAAGCCUCGUGAGAGAAUAUGACAAAUCUCAUCUGGAAAUAUCCAAGGCGUAUAAUCUCGUGGGCGAGAGAAGCAUCUUGCUGGAUGAGGAACGAUGUAGGAGUGUGACCUCUAAUUAUCAAACUUUAGAGGGGCACGAGAAGUCUUCAAUACUCAACGAAUUGAAAAUAUGAUUUUCAGGAUCUUGAACACGUCAAUUUCUUUGCAUUCGUGGUACUCGAACCAAGUGGAACAAAGAUAAGAAGGAAUGAAUACUCUUGAACGUUUGAUAAGGUUAUUCGUAAAUUCGAAACUUCGAAGUGUUUCGAAUCUUCGAUCAGCGACAGCAACAAAAAAAAAACACGUGUCCGUCCAAGAGCCGUUCUAGACGUGCCAAGCGUUGUUUCAUUCGUAGCGUAGAAUAGCGCGCGCGCACACACAAACCUAAUAAAAAAAACCUUUGAUGUCCUGAAAAGUAUGAUUGCGCUUCAUCAAAUAUGUAUAUAAACACUUAUGUAUAUUGUUAACAAAGAGAACAACAAAACUCGAGCUAAACAGUGGGAACAAGAAACUCGCACAAAGGGUUAAAAAAGCCAUAUCACGUCAUGAUAAAAGAAAAGAAAAAAUACAUUUUUAAUAAGUUUUCCAAAUGUUCGUUCUAACGAAUCAUACAAACGAGCUGGUGUACUUAUCGUUUGUUUUUUAAGUUUAUCCCAAACGAGUCAUAAAAUAAAUACGGGGACGAAUGAAAAAAAUUAAGGUUAUAGCCAUUCUAGGAGAAUUGCAAGCCGUAAAAAUUCCUCGGGAUUAAAAAAAAAAGUUUUGUUCUUAACAAAUUUUCCGUUUCCUGUUGUAGAAUAAUUAAUUUUUGUUUUUUUUCGUUCUUUAUAUGACAAACCCGUUUGACGGUUUCGCGCGCUUCCAGAUCUACUGUUCGAACGGACCAUACUUUGUACAUACUGUCUCGUUCGACUCGUAAGCGUUCCCGGAAUGUGAGACAAAAAACGAACGUGUAUUUUAGCGGAGAUUUAUCAUUGUUAUUGUUACCGUAUUAUUAUUAAUAAUGAUUAACGUUUAUACAAUUGUGUACGACAGUGACGCAUUGUUUCGUGUCGCCAUUCUAGUUUUUCUUGUUCGCCGUCCUCCUCGGAACAUCAAACUCGUUGUACUACUUUAUUUAUAUGAUUAUUGAAUUAUGUUUCUGAGUAACUCUUGGAGCGAGCGCGAAAAGACGUACCAUUUAAUUUAAAUUACCGGUUCCGAACGUAUUCCAUAUUAAUAUUAAGCGACAUAUCGUUAAUUUAAGCGUGUAAGUAUGAAAAACGAAAAGAACAUUCAAAGGUGUAUGUGUGGCCGGUGGGGAAAGUGCAAGAAUUAAGUCCGAGAUCAAAAUUUAAGGAAAACGAUAAGAGAUCGAAGCACAUAUCAUAGAAACCGUAAAUCUCGGCCGCACCCGCUCUCAUUUUUUUUGUAUCGAAGAAAAAUUAGAGGCAGGUUCGUAGAACAUGGAAUAUUUAUGUGCAUGUAUGUAUCGUUUCAUGAUUCAAUUUAGAUUACGAGAUAACGAGCAAUUUUUCAAGAUUUAUUCCUCAAGGCACGACUUUUCGUUAAUUCUGUGAUAAAAAACAUGAUAACGACCGAUUAAACGAGAUAUUAUUGAAUGAGUUUAGCGAAAACUCGGUGACAAUGUAUAUGAAGCUUGACAGUCAAGCUAAUCGAGCGUAUAAAUGACAAAAUCAUUAUUGUUACGGUAUUUUUGUUUAUCAACUUUUUUGAAUGUCGCCAAAAGUCUUCCUCAAUCUCUCCGUUAGCUUACGUGCCAACAAAAUUUAUAAAUAACUGUGCAAAGGAAAAGAAAGAGAAGAGAAAUAAUGAAUUAAAUCAAUAACCGUUCUUUCGAACGGUGCUUCGUGAAAAGAAAAUAAUAAAAUUUACAUGCAUAUAUGUACGUGAUUUGGGUUUUACGUAAUACUGCUGGUAUGCAAACGUUCGACAAAAUCGUCGAUGCAAAGACUGUGCUCAUUUUAUGCAAAGAUAUGUGCAUAUUAGGGUGGCGCAAAAAAAUCGACUAUUUUUUUUUUCAGGGUCUCAUAUGAAAAUAUGUUAAUUUAUCAUGUUUCAAGAGCCCCCUCCAAAAAUCAGCUCAAAAAAAUUUUUCUUAAAGGUCGAUCAAGAUUUUUAAAAAUUCCAAAAAUAGUCGUCAAAAUUUGACUUUUUUUAUUUUAAAAAUUUUUUUGCUCAAUACAGUGAAAUUUUGUACCGAAAAAACCAAUGACUCAAAAUAUUCAUUUUAAAAGGUCGCUCAAAAUUCAUUUUAAUUUUUAUAUACUUAAAUUUUAUUGUUUCGAGCGACCUUUAAAUAUUCAUAUGGAUUAUCAAUUUGAAUUUUGAGUUCCAAUUAAUAAGAUUAAUAAGAUGAAAAUGCACUACGAAACGGAAGAAAAAUUGUAUAUGACAAUGUAGGUAAUAGACCAGAAAAACGGAAAUUUUUUUACCGGCGUAGCAAACCGUGUUUGAGCCUGCGCUAUUUUUGCUUUCAUUCAAUUAUAAAGUACUUGUUCGCAAACAACAAUUCAAAGUAUUUUUGUUGAUAAAAUCUACUUGAUAAUUAUUAAAACAAAUUGUUCAAAACUUCACUCAGUAUUGUACCAAAUUCACUCAUUAUGAGAGUCAAUAAAUGUUUUGAUUAAACAGGCAUGCUCUAUUCAUAAUUACAUUUUCACUGCUAACUAGUUCUCGUAAUUGUUUGAAUUGUUUAAAUAAAAAUAUCGACCUAUUGUAAAAUCA